AGCAGGAAGCAGCAAAGGAAAGGGAAACGUGAAAAAUCGCGGAACACACCCUUCCAGUUCCAGCCUUCCUCCACCAGCGCCACCGCACUAGCUACCCGCGAACCCGCCUCCCUCCCUGCUCGGCGGCUCUCAAUUCGACGCCUCCCCUGAUCCCCUCCCCCAACUCGCUCGUCCCUCCAGCACUGGCGCGCUGAGGGCCGCCUCCGCACGACGCGCACCGGUCGUCCCCCGGCCUCGGCGCCGUCUCUACCUAUCUCGCAGCCGCGGCGGCGCGGCGCGCGCCUCCGCCCGCUGGCCUGCCCCGAGCGGCUCCACCGGACAGGCCCGAGCAACUGCCAAGGUGGGGAGCAUGUCGAGCGCGGUGGUGAACGGGCUGGCCGGCGCCGGCGGUGGCAUCAUCGCGCAGAUCAUCACCUACCCUCUCCAAACAGUGAACACCCGGCAGCAGACAGAGAGGUCGGCGAAGAAGAGGAAGCCCGGGAGCGGCGCCACCGACACCUCGGCCCUCUUCCAAUUGCUCCAGCUGAUCCAAACGGAAGGGUGGGGUGGGUUGUACAGCGGCCUCAAGCCCUCUCUAAUCGGCACCGCCGCAUCGCAGGGAAUCUAUUACUACUUCUACCAGAUUUUGAAGAACAAAGUUGAAAAUAUAGCAGUUGCUCGUGGUAAGAAGGGCCUCGGGGAUGGUACUGUUGGGAUGCUCUCUUGGCUUGGUAUUGCUGCUGUUGCUGGGUCAAUCAAUGUUCUUCUUACCAAUCCAAUAUGGGUUCUUGUGACACGUAUGCAGACACAUACACAAGCAGAAAGGAAGAUCUUGGAGUCUAAGAAGGACCUUUUACUGAAAGAAAUAUCUAGGGCCCAUUCAUUGGAGGUUUCGAUUCUGAAGGAUAGGUUGGUUAAACUGGAGUCUGAAAAACCUCAUCCAUACGGUACACUUCAAGCGAUCCAGGAGGUUUAUCAUGAGUCUGGCAUAAGAGGAUUUUGGAAAGGACUUGUUCCAACGUUAAUCAUGGUAUGUAACCCAUCGAUUCAGUUUAUGAUAUAUGAAACAUUGGCAAAGUGUCUCCAAUCAAAGGGUUCUGGAAAGCAGCUACCUAAAAGGAACCUCACUGCUAUGGAGGUAUUCUUGUUGGGUGCAAUAGCAAAACUGGGAGCUACUGUUGUCACUUAUCCAUUGCUAGUUGUGAAGUCUAGGUUGCAAGCAAAACAAGAAAUUGGCAGGAAUGUGAUGUCCAUAUACACAGGUACAAUAGAUGCGAUAAUAAAGAUGGUCCGUUACGAAGGAUUUCAUGGGUUUUAUAAAGGAAUGGGUACAAAGGUUGUGCAAAGUGUCUUUGCCGCCUCAGUUCUCUUUAUGGUAAAAGAGGAGUUGGUUAAGUUAGCAGUGCUUUUAGUUGCCAGGAGUAGGACUAUGCUUCUUACUACAUCAAAGAAAAGAUAGGUGUAUUCCAUGACCAAUAUUUUUUUCUUUGUCUCAACUUGUAAUAUAUAUAUAUAGGAUACCAUUACACGUAUCCUGUCCAAAAUCAAUCUAAAAUUCUUUACUAGAAAACCCCCUAAGCCUUUUAGAAAUGAUAUCCCCUUCAUCCCUUGUUGUUGACCUCUUUUUGCCUUGAUAAAGCUGUAGUCCAAGACUCCAACUGCGAGUUGGUUCACACUCAUAGUGGUAUGUAUGGAAAUCGAAGUCAGUCGAUUAGUUUCUUUGUU